AUGUCUUCCGGAGGGAUUCGAAUAUCCCAGCAGAACUACUAUAGCACGCAUAACGCCCUUUUCGCUUCACUCGAUGAUCAGUCAGUUCGUUUCGUCCUACACGAAAUGGACGGCUCGAGACAUGGAGCCCUGCGUCAUUUUUUUAUUUACACAUUGAGUAAUUUAGUUAUUCUAAUGAUAAAGAGGCUGCUGAUAAAGAAGUUAUCACUCCCCGCGACCACGAGAGUGAAGGAUUUGAGGAUAUUGUACAAGGGGCAGGAGCUGCCGAACUAUAGAACAAUGGACUGCUACAUAAACAACUUCAGUACCGAGGAUAAGCUAUACUGGUGCCUGAAAGAGUCGCCCUCAGGCUCAGGAAUACGCCCACUGGGUAUGAAGAUGGGUGCCAGAAUGGAAAAUAUAUUUAACGAGGUGGCAUUAUCAAUGAAAAACAACUAUAAACCGAGGUUGACAAUGGAUGGAACAGGCGGUACCUAUGAAAUGUUCAACAAGGCAGGAAAGUGUAUAGCGAUCUUUAAGCCGUGCGACGAGGAAGCGUUCACACCGUAUAACCCGAGGGGAUACAUCGGAAACAUGAAUCAGCAGGGCUUUAGGCCCGGAGUUCUAUCCGGAGAAGGAGCGACGAGAGAGGUGGCAGCAUACAUAUUGGAUGUCUCAUACGAUAACUUCUCAGGAGUACCAGCCACCACGAUGGUCGAAAUAGCACACCAGGCACUUAACAAUAGCCAAAGCGGGUACAAUAACUCGAUUAACGGGUUGAAUCUACUAAACACAGUGAACCACGACCUAUUCACAUUUACCCCGUCAAUGAGCUUGGACUCGACAACAAAUUCAUACAACAAUUUCAACUCAAAAAAUAAGUUAAAGUGGAAGGUCGGGAGUCUCCAGGAGUUUAUAGUAGCACGAGGAACGAGCGGGAACUAUAACCCGAACCUGUUCUCAGUGGAAGACGUGCACAAGAUAGGGAUACUGGAUAUCAGAGUGCUCAACCUGGAUCGAAACGACGGAAACAUACUGGUAGUAAAUAACCCAGCAUACUUCACAACACUGGUAAACGGAAGUGCAGGUAACGCAGAAAACGCAAACGGAAGCGUUGCAAACAAUUGCGAAGAAGAAAAGGGGGUGAAAAGUAACAAGGAAAACAAGUAUAAGCUGAUACCAAUAGACCACGGGUUGAUACUGCCAGACGUGAUAGACAUAUGUGACCUAGACUGGGUAUGGUACGAGUGGCCACAGUCAAAGGAGCCGUUCAGCGAGGAGGAGCUGGCGAAAAUAUUCUCCUUCAACGUGGACAAGGACAUAGAAAGACUGAAGAAGUACCUGCACGUGCGAGACGAGUGUCUGAGAACAAUGAAGGUGACCACUAAAUUCCUACAAAUAGCAGCGUCAAUGAAGCUGAACCUGCACCAAAUAGCAACAAUGAUAGUGAGACACGACAUGGACAUACCGUCAGAACUAGAGUUAAUCAUAAAAAAGUCAAUAGAGCAGGCCUAUAAAGUAACAGACAGCACUAAUAUAAUAAGCACAAACAGGCUUGGAAACGCAAUCGACUUAAUUGAAAAUGCAGUUAUACCAAUAAUAAAUCAUACGCAUUCAGACUGUGAAAACCUAACAGACACUGAGUAUGGAAAUCAUCACAAUGAGGAAAAUGAAAGGAGAGAUUUGGACCUGAGUGAAUUACCAUCAUCAACAUUCUUUCACUACCCAGAACAUUUUGAACCAAGAAAUAAUAAAAAUGAACACGACCAUGAAAACAUAAGCGCUAAUAGAGAAAAGUACGGAAAUGAAGAGAAGACGAGAGAUGAAAGAAGAUAUAAAACGACAGUGAGGAGAAGGAAGCACAACAGUGUGAGUAAGAGCACAUGGUCACUGGUGGACUCUAAGGGACACCUGGUUCAAAUAGAGUGGGACCUCAUGUUCCAAAACCUGUUCUUCAAGAUACUGGAGGAGAUGUUCGCAGGGAACCUGAACAGGUUGCACCCGAACUGGCAGUCCUACCCGUAUCACGGCAAGGAACACUACCUGUACAAUGUCAAUCAUAAGAACCAAAAGACGCUGCCGUUCACAACACUAUGGUUCAACGAUUAG